ACCGGUUUAUGAUAAACCAAAGUCAGAGCGAUGUGGGACACAAAAAUAAAACCGGUUUACAUUGUUUUCCUUAAUUAUUUAUAUUCAAAAUUUUCGAUUUGUUUUUUGGGUCGUCCGCCAAAAAUAUUUUCGUCUUUCAAAAACUCUCUCUGAGGUUCUUCGUCGAUGGCGAUGGCGGGAUCAAGCUACAGUGUCUCAACAGAUCAUCAAGUUCCUUCAUCUCUCGUGAAUCUAGGGAAUGGUGCUGGUGUAUGUAUGAUGAGCAAGGCAUGGAAAGAUGGACAAGAACCUUCACUGAUCAGUUUCGUAUCUUCGUUUCUUCGCUCUAACUCUUUCCGUCUUAACUUUGUCUCGAUUUCACCUGAUCUGAUCUUCAACUGUGGGGGUGUUUCUGUUGCUUUCGUUUUUGUGACCAAGUGGGAUUGUUCCAAUGUUGCAUCCAUCUUCAGCAGAGUAAAGAGGCUGAAAGGACAAUUUUCGCAACUUUAUGUUGUUGCCACACUUUCAACUAAAGAGCAGAGUGAUUCUUUCUUGCGAUCUUACUUCCAAUAUGAGAUGGAGUUUGGGAAACCUGCAUUUAUACAAGUCACUGAUGCUGAUAUGGGAUUCGAGAAGAUUGUUAAGAUUGCUCACUCUCGUGGGGUGUGUAAGCAGCAGAAGGUGGCGUCUAAAGUCAAGGUUGAGAGAAAGCGAACAGUGCAGGAUACAGACAUUUUCAUCAGAGUUGUAACAUCAAUACCCAACAUUAACAAACAUGAUGCAAACACGCUAUACCAAGCUAUAGGUUCAAUCGAAGCAAUCGCUAAAGCAUCCAAAGAAGACAUUUUAGCAAACACAGAUCUCUCCUCUGAAAAGGCCGAGACACUCACCAAGUUUUUCCAAGAUCCCGAGUUCUACCUCACCCCCAAAUUCAACUGAUGAUGACUGCAGAAACAGUUGUACGAUCACAACUCUUGGCUUAUUUCCAAUAAAUAAUUUCCUGUUUUAUUUCUUC